AUGUAUCAGAGGAAGGUCUUCAUUGCUAAAUGCAUGGCUAAGACUUCAGAAAGUUUUAAUAUGGAGCCUCUAGCUUACAGCAAGAACUUAGAGCUGCGAGGUCACCAUGCUCGGAAGAGAUGGGGGGCUUCGGUGUUCCGUGCCCUCAGGAAUUUUAACCUGGAGAACCGGGCAGAACGGGACAUCAGCAAGAGGAAGCCCUCCUCGGCUCCCAAACACCCUUCCAACAAGAAGCUCCUUGUGGAGCAGACAAGCCAUCAUCCAGAAAUUGAACGAGAAGUUACUAAUAAGGAUAACAAGCUGCUCUCAUUUUUGAAAGAUAUAUACGUUGAUUCCAGAGAUCCUGUGUCUUCCCUGAAGGUAAAAAAUGUUCAACCAAAGCCAGUGCCAAAGGAGUUCAGGAUGCCGAAAGACCAUCACUCAGAAAUGAAUGUCACCAGCAUUCGUAAAGGUAAAAUUUCCAUUGUAGAAGCACUGACACUUCUCAAUAAUCAUAAACUUUAUCCAGAAACGUGGACGGCUGAGAAAAUAGCACAAGAAUACUACUUAGAACUGAAUGAUGAAAAUUCCCUUCUCAAAUAUUUUGCUACUUUUUAA